CGGGUAAGUAGGCGCUCCGGAGUUUGAAAUUGAAAGUCGGCGCGACCGAGGAGCGGCAGCCGGAGGAGCGGUGGGCUGGUUUCUCCACAGCGGGUCCAAUAGGGUGGAGACGGCGGUGUUCCUGGCCGCCCAGCGUCUUAAAACAGAAUGGGUGAAGACGAACUGGCAGCCUUCGAGAAAAGCAUAAACGAAUUUGGGGACAAGUUCCGGUACAGACUCAGUGAUAAUCGUAGCCAGGUGCUGGGACUUAAAGAUGCCUUCAAGGACUCCAUUAGAGCGCUUUCAGAAAAGCUGUCUUUGAAACUAAAGGAAGAAGAAAGGAUGGCUGAGAUGAUUCUGGAAUAUAAAAAUCAGCUCUGUAAGCAGAAUAAGCUCAUUCAAGAAAAGAAGGAUAAUGUGUUAAAGAUGAUUGCUGAAGUGAAAGGCAAAGGGCAGGAGGUGGAAGUGCUGACGGCAAACAUCCAGGAUCUGAAGGAGGAGUACGCCAGGAAGAAGGAGACCAUUUCCACUGCUAACAAAGCCAAUGAAGAGAGAUUGAAACGGCUGCAGAAAUCAGCGGAUUUGUAUAGAGAUCGCCUUGGACUAGAAAUUAGAAAGAUUCCUGACUGAGGCAGACUUGUAAAGGAUGUUCUGCUAAAGCAAACCCAUGGAAAGACAUGUGAUGAAGGAUUCUUUGCUAAUGACACACAUGGAUUGGUCUGCUUUGCAUUUCGUAGUUGAGCUGCAUUUGUGGGGAUUCUGUGGACUGGGGCUGAGUGGAUGCACAUGCUGAGGCAAAAAAUAUGGCAGACACCUGAUGUUUGGAGGGUAUAAGUAGGACUCCAUGGAGUGACAGAGACAGAGCUCGCCUUGCUGGUACAGCUCGCUGUGUAAUGCUUGCUGGUCUCUCAUCUUCGCUGAUCUUCACUUCUCUGAGAGAGGCACAAUGGAGAACUUCUGGUUUUCUUGUUGCUCCCCCCUGCUGACUGAAACCAAGGCUGAGGCCUGGCUGUCUGCUAGGGCAUGUCACCGCUGUUGCUAACCCAGCUCUACCGAACUGGACUGCUUGUGCAUCUGUGAGGGGUUGUGAGUGGAUGGAGCUGCUGCUGCUGACCUGUGAGCUGAAUUGAUGAUUUCCAGACAACACAGAUGGGAGUUGAUCCAAAGGACCUUUCUAAGUGGGUCCACUUCCCCCCAUAUUCUUUCUUUUCUACUACUUCUGAUGGGUGGAGGGCUAAAAGUGAGGUUAAAGCGUUUAAGAACCAUCAUUAAGAAUAAAAACACUGAAAAGAGUUAAAGCUACAGCACAUAUGUAUUGUUUGGCAACUGAUAAGUGAGAGGAGUGCUCUCCUCUCUGCAUACUCAGCGGAACAGAAAACCCCAAGUAAACCCUUGAUUUAUUAUAAUAAACUGAGUAUAUUACCAAAUCUUUGCUUGGUGUACACACCCUUCCAAGUACUAUUAACAGUCUGAAAUCUGGUAUACUGACCUUUACUUCACUUUGAAUUUGGAUGCAAGAUAAAUCUUUCCUAAGUUUCUGAAGAUUUCCUUUUAUAAUGGUAGGAAUUUUAAAUAUGAUUGCUUAUUUUUUAUGCUAUAGAAUAAACUAAAAUGUGUAUGAA